AUGUCCAUGUUGUCGUGCCGUGUGUUGUGUCUGUUGGCCAUUGUGCUUUGCUGUGUGGGUGUAAGUGAAACUACGGGUACUUCUCAGGAUCAGCAGUUAUCUGCAAAUAAAAAUGCCCCUGCAACGAGUGAGACAAGUGCUACUGGUGGAGUUACAUCAGCAGCAGCAGGAGUAUCAGCAGUGGCAAAUGGAAAGAUUUCCGAUGGUGUCAAGGCAGCUCUGCAAGUCGCCAACAAAAUAAUGGGGAGUAUUACAGCGGCACAGACAAAGGCGACGAUUGCUGCAGAGUCCUUUGACAGUGCUAGGCAGAAUAUUACUGAGGCACAGACAGAAGCAACGAAAGCUAUGGAAAGCGCAAGGGAAGCGAAAGAAGAAUUGGAUAAAAAUGGGGAAAACAUCGUGAAUGAACUGACGAGGGUUUUUGUGGAAAGACACCAUAAAUUAAUGCCAAAAUUCGAUAAUAGAACGUCAUCAGAUGUCCGUGCAGCUUCUUCAACAAAAGGAAAAAAAAUUCCAUUUAAAGUAGACAAAAGCGAAGCAGUAGAGUCUAUUGAAAAUAAAAUAUCCGGUGCAGUUGAUAGCCUUUUAUCUGUGAGUGGAAAGGUGAAUGUGACUGCUUCUUUACUUGAAACGGCAGUAACUGUUGUGACUGAGCUGCAGACUAAUGCUUCUGCCGUGUUGGAGGAGGCCAAUAAGGUGGUGAGUGCAGCGCAGAGUGUGGAGACCACAACACAUUACGCAUCGGAAGCCGCAAAUAAGACACAAACAGCAGCCAAAGAAGCAGUGCAGAAGGCAACAGAGAUGCAAAAGAAGAUCACGGAGGUAAAAAAGAAGGUCACUGAAGCAGUGGAACUCACAACGACAGCAUUCAAUGCAGUAACAGUGGCAAGGGAUAACUUUAACGCAGAGGCUGAAAAAGCAAAGAAAGAAGUGGAGACACCUCCAUCUGAGAGGACGUCUCUUACACAGUCAAAUGCAAGAACCGUUCUCACUGCUAUCAUUGUCUCCGAAAGUGGUUCUGCAGGAACCACAGAUGUUGACAAUGCAACAAAGAAAGCAACUGUGAAAAAAGAAGAAUUACUGUUGCGUUCCUCGCUGAUUCAGAAACUCGCAGGAGGAGUGUCUACCAACCUGNACUUUGUGUGGAAAUACCUAAUCUCUUUUCAUUUUUAUACUUGUAAGCAGAGUAUUGCUGUGCACCUUGUGGUGUGUCUCACUCUGCAAUUGUGUGAUUCUGGUAAAUGA